AUGAUCCCACCCGGCGCCCUCGUCAUGCUCACACCGCUCAUCGUCGGUAUCUUCUUCGGCGUCGAGACUCUCUCCGGUGUCCUCGCCGGUUCUCUCGUGUCUGGUGUCCAGAUUGCCAUUUCUGCUUCGAACACUGGUGGAGCGUGGGACAAUGCUAAGAAGUACAUCGAGGCGGGCGCUUCGGAGCACGCCAGGACCCUCGGUCCGAAAGGUUCCGACCCUCACAAGGCCGCGGUCAUCGGUGACACCAUCGGAGACCCGUUGAAGGACACUUCGGGGCCGUCGCUCAACAUUCUGAUCAAGCUCAUGGCUGUGGAGUCUCUGGUGUUCGCGCCGUUCUUCGCCACCCACGGUGGCUUGCUGUUCAAGCUAUAAACAAACAAUCAAUGGGGAGAUUGGAAGAGAGGGGAAGGGGCAAAGGACUGAUGUUCUGCCCCAAAGAGAGAUUCUUCUCAUAUAAACAUUAUAGCAAGUUGCUAGUUUUUUGAGUCGUUGAAAUCGUUUCUUUCCUACCUUUUAGGUGGGGGAGGAAAUUUUCCGCUAGGGUUGAUGAUGAAGAAAAGGGAACUCUGUGGGUUACUUGAGGAACAAUUUACCGAGAGGAUUGUUGUUUUGUUGUUGUAGGGUUCAGUGUCAGUUUGUAGGGAAAUCAUUUUGUACCCCUUUUAACUAGUUUAAGCCUUUAAUGACGGUUUUGGUAUUAAUAUUUGUGAAACGGUAUCGGUUUGAUCUAAUUAUAAUUUUAUUUAUUUAUUUAUGAAACGCUAAAUU